AUGGAGUCGUUAACUCAAAACACACUUACGGUGUUAAAAUCCAUUGAAGAACAUCUUUUGAACGAUGAGGAUAGUGACCAUCAUCAUCAUCAUCACAAUCUACUUACCUCGAUAUCUUCUUCAUCAACAUCAUUUACGAGCCAAUCCUACCCUCAAAAUGAUAAUUGUAAUAUCGAAAAAGGUUCCACUUUCAAUCUUUCUUUCGAUAAUUCAAACAAAGAUGAUCCUUUCUUAGACUAUAUAUACUCAUCACUUGCAGCACUAGAAGGUAUUGACUAUGAUGAAACUUUUCGUAUUUAUUAUAGUAAGCCAAGGGUGGCUAAUAUAAAAGAUGUUAGGAGUCAUGCUAAGAGUAAUACUCCUCAUGCAAACUAUAUAGGUGUGAGGAGAAGACCGUGGGGUAGAUUCGCAGCUGAAAUUAGAGAUCCUAAUCGUAAAGGGUAUAGACUUUGGCUUGGUACAUAUAACACGGCUAUUGAUGCUGCUCGAGCUUAUGAUCGUGCUGCUUUUGAGUUUCGAGGGAGUAAAGCUAGGCUUAACUUCCCUCUUGAAGUUGGGCACUGGUCAUCUAUAUCUUUGUCAUCGUUAUCAUCAUCAUCUUCAAAUUCCAAUUCAAACUCAAAUCCGACACCUAAAAUAGGUGAAGAGCAAUAUUCUAGCUCUAAGAGACAAAGGAAUGAUAAUCAUGUUGACAUUGAACAUGAUGAUGAUGAUUGUUUAAUUAUUGAUGACCAACCAAUCAUCAAAAUGCCUAGAAUCUUCUAA